GUGUCAGAAAAUACCGGCGUGCCGUGAAUGAGGCAAUGUCGGCACAACGCAUGCGUGGGCAUCUGUCUCAUGCAUCAAUGUCCGCCAUGGAUGGUAUGUUCAACAACCCCUAUUCACCCAUCAAAAGGCCAAAAAAAACCCUAGCUUUUAAACCCUAGCAGCCAGGUGAAUAUUUUGCGGGGCAAAAAUUUGUCGGAUUCGAAUCGCACAGAAGAAGAAAAAAAAAAGGCGAUGACAGAUCUUGAUUGUAGUUUGGAGCGCACGAAAGAGCCCACAAGAUCCGACUGAUUUAUAAGUAAUAUUUACAUGAAUAUGGUGUUGGUUUCGCCAUUGCCAUUGGCAUGUUGUUGAUGAAUGGUGGGGCGUAUUAUUAUUAUGAGCGUUGCCAGGAGUAUUAUGAGUGAACAUAUUGAUAUUGAUGAUGCAGCAGAUGUCUUCCAUGGCUCCGCCGCCGCCUGCUCCUCCUCCGCAGGGGCCAAAUCCCGCCGCCGCUUCUUCCCCUUCGCAGGCGGGACACCUGCAUCCACAUCAUCAUCACCCGCUGCCACAUCACCAUCCACAUCAGCACGGCAUCUCUGCCUCAUCGCUCUCGCUGGGGCUCGUCCCUCAUACUGCCUCUGCAACGCGACUGAGCAACGCUGAGCCACUGGCCUCUGAGCCGCCCCUUCAGCCGCCCCUCCCUGCCCCGUCAGUGGUCACGUCAUCUUCAUCGUCCUCGUCCCUUCUGUCGCGGAUAAAGCUUGCGGACAUCCUCCCAGACGAUGGUGCGCCCACCCCUGUGUACAGUAAGGCCGUGGAGGCGCUCUCCAAUUCACUCACUCGCCACAAUGCGGCGGUGAUAGAGCUGGGCACAGAGGAUUCGAAAUUACUGAGAGUGGCUUUGGAUUCCGCAAAGUUUUAUUUCAGGACCCGGGCGCAGGUGCAGCCCAGUUGGGCUACCAAGUCCCCCGGCUAUGGCUCCGCCGCUCCCUCGCGGCCUAACAUGUAUUCCUACCGCGCUGGAAGAGCGAUAGAAGAAGGGGAUUCGUCACCCCCCUGCAUGCCAGAUGUUUUUCGCUGUCUGGGAAAGGCGUCCCGUGCUGCUCUCAGCGCCAUUGCCCGACAUCUUCGACUUCGAAGCGAUGUGUUCAAUCAAUUGCUGGAUGACUUGCCUCUGCCUGCAAAUGAGGUUUCAUCAUCUGCUUUGGUUGCCACAUAUACACCUUAUUCUGCACAGAACGGGAAAGGUCUGCUUGGAGGCUCGAAGCCAAAUGUUGAGAUCGAGAAAGGGUUAUUGAUGCUCAUUGUUUCUGACAACCCUGGCCUUCAGGUUUGUGAUCCCAAUAACCGCUGGUAUCUAGCUGAUAAUGGAGCCCAACCAGGAGACGUUUUUUUGCUUACGGGUAGGGCCCUUAGUCAUGCAACUGCAGGUCUCCGUCAUGCUGCUUCAUAUAGAGUAAUUCCUGAUUUUCUUCCAGGUUCUGUAAUGGGUGGAAGGACAUCAUUGGCUUUUAGGCUUAUGCCACAGAACAAUGCAAUAUUGGAUUGCUCUCCAAUAUCAGAUGCAGGUCAUGUUAUUCCCCAGAGCUAUGGUCCAAUCAGUGUAAGCCAAUUUAUGGAUGAUUUGUUGGCUGAGGAGGCUGGGAUGAGCACUGGUUCAGAUACCACUUUGGAAACCAGAAGAAAUCAAAAUCAGGAACCAUCACUUCGGUCUGUUUUAUCAGAUCCUUUAUCGGGUAACUAUCUUGAGGAUGCCUUUGUUGCACGAUGUGGGCACUCAUUUGGUGGUGCCAUGCUGAGAAAAGUUUAUGAAACAUCAAGAUGUAUCACAUGUGGGACAGAAGUUGAGGUGGCAUCAAUGGUUCCUAAUCAUGCCCUCAGGGCUGCUGCAAUAGCAGUGAAAAAUGGAGAUGAGCGGAGACAGUUACACAAUGCAGCACUACGCAAGCGUAGGAAAGAAGAACAAGGAGAUGGAAUGAAAAGAUUAUUAAACAAGGACGAUGUAGGACUCUUCAUGGAUAGGGAUAGUUCUCGACAAGGAAAGGGAGUUCAGUAUCCAUUUGCUGUUAGUGAGAAAGUGAUGAUUAAGGGUAAUAAGCGUACUCCUGACAAGUUUGUUGGGAGGGAGGCAAUUGUAACAGCUCAAUGUCUCAAUGGCUGGUACAUGCUUCGGGCUCUUGAUACAGGGGAAACUGUUCGACUUCAGUAUCGCUCUCUCCAGAAAAUAUCUCCUCAGCACAAUGGGGUAAAUGAAGACCAUCUUCAGUCUCAACAGUUGAUAGCAAGUAACAAUUGAGUAAGAAAGCCAUAUUAAAAUGACAACUGGGACUUGUUUUUAGUCUUUCCCAAUGAAGACAGUAAGAGGGUUCUUUUAUUAUAGCGACACCAACAGCUGCUCCCAUUGUAAAUACAGAGUGGCUUACUGGCUUACCAGCUUUCAGUUUCAAGUACUGUAGUUUAGUUCUCAUAUACGAGAACUAAUCUUUUCUGCCAAAGUAGAAGAUGUCCCAAUUUGGGUGUACACUGUAAACCUUUCUUGUAAUGGUUAGAAGUCCUAGCUAGUUCAUUAAUCGAACACCUCUGCAAAGUAUUCUGGAGUAAUGGCAUCGACAUCUUGGCUGGUGGAAGAUUUGGAAUCUGCUGUUGUAACAUUGGCCAUAUGCAAGCUUCAUACGUCCUUGUUGCUAACGCUGUGGUGAGUAUGAGGACUGAUGAACAGCUAUGAUAUUGUAAACUUCAAGAUGCCUAUCUUAAGAGGCUUGUGUUCUUACUAUAUCUGGCAGGACAUCAAAUUUUUGUAUCAUUAGGCUUGUUGAAAUAUUUAUACCACCAAAUUUUAUUGCAUCAUAACUAUGUGCAAGAUGCAGAGUUCACCAAAUAGAAAAGCAUGGUCCGCUUGUAAUAUGUAAUACUUUCAUAUGCAUUGUCCUCUGGGGCAAGUAAUCUUAGUUUAGUUCUCCUUAAAGGAAGGAUACUACA